AUCUCCGCCCACACUCUUAGCUGGUCAAUGUCUCCUGACGCAACGUGAUCAGCAUAUAUUUAGCCCAGCGCUUCGCCGACCUGCGCUGCACCACGUAGCCAUCCAUCGCCAACACGCUAUCGCUAGGUACACACAAUACGUUCCCCGCAUCGCAACGCAAACAUGGUCCUCCACCACAUCAUGAUCCAGGUCCUCGAGGCCGACCUCGACGAAAUCGUCGCCUUUUACCUGGCCGCCCUCGCGCCCCUCGGCUACGAGGAGUCGAUGCGGUUCGGCACCGCCGUCGGCUUCAGCGCCGACAACAAGGUCCACACCGACUUCUGGGUCAUGGGCCAGUCCGUGAAGCCCAACACGGUCGCGCACAUAGCAUUCGGCGGCACCCGUGCCCAGGUCGAUGCCUUCCACGCCGAGGCCCUCAAGGCCGGGGCCAAGGACAAUGGAGGGCCGGGGAUCAGGGAGCACUACCACCCGACCUACUAUGGCGCGUUCGUGUUUGAUCCGGCGGGCAACAAUAUCGAGGUGGUGUCCUUUCAGGAUGAUGGCCCCAAGUGAGGUCAGGCGGCAGGUGUGGGCAUCACUACUACCCAUGAUAAGAGGCGGAGGAGCAAGAUGGCAUACUAGUAAUUGAAGUUCCCCCAAGUCUAGUCUCCCUACACUACCUUGUUUAGCAACAGGCCCUCAUAUCCCGCUCAAACACCAUGUCACCAGCCGUCCGCCAUCUAGCCAAAUAGCUUGCCCAAAGACAAUGCCUUGUUACUGGC